AGUUCGUUUUACAAUGGCGACUGCACCUUCCACACCGGCCGGUCAGAGACUGAGCAGCACGCCGCUGAGCCCCACGCGGAUAACGCGGCUGCAGGAGAAGGAAGAGCUCAGCCACCUGAACGACCGCCUGGCCGCUUAUAUCGACAAAGUGCGGAGCCUGGAGUCCGAGAACAGCGUCCUCCACCUGCAGAUAUCCGAGAGGGAAGAAGUGAGGAGCCGCGAACUCACCGGUUUGAAGUCUCUGUACGAGACGGAGCUGGCGGACGCUCGGAGGUCCCUGGACGACACGGCGAAGGAGCGCGCCAGGCUGCAGAUCGAGCUCGGAAAGAUCAAGACCGAGCACGAACAGCUGCUGCAGAGCUAUGCUAAGAAAGACGCUGACCUGGCCAGUUCUCAGGCCCGGCUGAAGGAUGUGGAGACAUUGCUGAACUCUAAAGAGGCUGGUCUCGCCACUGCGCUGUCUGAGAAGAAAGCCCUCGAGGGCACACUGGUUGAUCUGCAAGCCCAGAUCCAGGAGCUUGAGGCAGGUUUGGCCUCUGCUAAGAAGCAGCUAGGGGAUGAGACUCUGCUGAGAGUGGACCUGGAGAACCGCUGCCAGAGCCUGGCGGAGGAGCUUGAGUUCCGCAAGAAUAUGUUUGAAGAGGAGAUCAAGGACACCCGGCGCAGGCAUGAGACCAGGCUGGUGGAGGUGGACUCGGGCCGCCAGAUAGAGUAUGAGUUCAAGCUGGCCCAGGCCCUGGCUGACAUGAGACAGCAGCAUGAUGAGCAAGUAAAACUCUACAAGGAAGAGAUGGAGCAGACGUACUUGGCCAAGCUGGAGAACGUACGUCUUUCGUCAGAGAUGAACAGCAGUUCGGCUAGCAUGGCUCGUGAGGAGCUGAAGGAGUCUGCUCUGAGGGUCGAGAGUCUGUCAGCUCAGCUGGCCAGCCUGCAAAGGGAGGCCCGAGCCUGGCAGGACCGUAUCAAUGAGCUAGAGGCUUCUCUGGCUCAGGAAAAGGACCUGAGCCGCAGGAUGCUGGCAGAUAAAGAGCGCGAGAUCGCCGAGAUCCGAGCUAAGAUGCAGCAGCAACUGGAGGAAUAUGAGCAGCUGCUGGAUGUCAAAUUGGCCCUAGACAUGGAAAUCAAUGCCUACAGGAAGCUGCUUGAAGGAGAGGAGGAGAGGUUGAAGCUCUCUCCAAGUCCAUCAUCUCGCGUAACGGUGUCCCGGGCCUCAUCCAGCCGCAGCGUUCGAACCACACGUGGGAAGAGGAAGCGUGUGGACGUGGAGGAGUCAGAGGCCAGCAGCAGUGUCAGCAUUGCCCACUCGGCCUCCGCCACUGGCAAUGUCUGCAUCGACGAGCUUGACGUGGACGGCAAGUUCAUCCGUCUGCACAACACGUCUGAUCAGGACCAGCCAAUGGUAGGCUUUGAGAUGACCAGAACUAUUGGGGAUGCUUCUGCUACCUACAAGUUCACUCCCAAAUAUGUCCUCAAGGCUGGUCAGAAAGUCACUAUUUGGGCAUCUAAUGCUGGAGUGAGCUCCAGCCCUCCAACUGACCUCAUCUGGAAGAGCCAGAGCUCCUGGGGCACUGGGGAGAAUGUGAAAGUUGUCCUGACUAAUGCAGAUGGAGAGGAAGUGGCUGUAAGAAGUACAGUGUUCAAAACCGCCACAGUAGAGGAGGAGGAAGAGGAUGAUGAGGGCGUGGAGGUUGUUGAGGAACAUCUCUUCCACCAGCAGGGAGAUCCACGUGCUACCAAGAGGGGCUGCUCAAUCAUGUGAGCACAGCAACACUACCUUUCCACUACAGUCUCAGCUGCCAAUACUAUAACCACCUCAGAACUAUUUUUAUAUCAGUAGUGUAUUAUAAACGGAGUGAUUUUCUCCUUUUCCCUUGUCCUAAAAUAGUUUUAAAUGAUUGUAAACCUCUUUUGGUACAUUUUCUAUUUUUAUUUUGUAAGUGAACGCAUACGUGCAUAAGUACGCAUCACAACUUUCUUUCUAUGAACCAAAAUUUUUAUGAUCAUUGGGGGACUGUGACCGUUUAGGCAGCUUUUGCAAAAUCUCCCAGUCUCCCAGGUGCUGUGAUCUUACCUUUUUAAUGUGUAUCUCAUUUUUUUUUUUUUAAGAUAGCAUUUUAAAGGCCUCUUUAUAGAAAAGCUGUCAUUUUAUACUAGCUUUCUAGUUUUUAGUUGGAGAGGUUUGUUGCAUAUAAUGGAAUGUAGACUAGCUCAAGGCAUGGGAGUCAGAAUGGAUUGCAGUUUCAUUAGUCGCUUUUGAAGAGCAGGCUGCCAUUUACACUCACUUAGCUAAAUGUGUUUAUUCCUGAGGACUUUCACUCAGGCAAAGACUGCAGUCCACCACAUGGUGUCAGUCUAGAGUCUCAGAAGGCAGUCUGAUGAACAGCAGUCAAAACUGAGAAGCUUCGUAGACCUUUGAUUGUAAGCUUUUCAAAAAAUGAUUGAGCUGAAGAGUAACACUUAAACCAGGUGUUUUAGUCUUCGUGAAUCACUAUACGUAACUCUUGAAGGUUACUGUUAGUCACUGAACAUGCCAGUAUACACUGAGAAUAACUCCCUGCAAAUAUGUUCAAUUGAAAGUUUUGAGCCAUUAUAAUAUGGAAGCUAGCAUCAUGCUCUUAUUGAGCUACUGUAUCUUACCAGCAGUUAUGUAUGCGCACUAUUGGCUACACAGUAUCUAGUUUAUUUUGCUUAGACACUAGCAUAUAUUUAUGCAGCUGACUGCAGCAGCGUCACAUAAAUAAUUACCUCUCAUAAUAAACUGCCCAAGGUUGGAAUUGCUUGUUAUUUUAUGCCCUUUUGUCUGUCGUAUCUAACUGACAGUAGUCUUAUGCCUACAUUUUGAUUUUCCAUCUUAACCAUUAUUAGAAUUGUGGGUUGUCAUGUCACUUGCAUGCUUAUUUUGCUGUAACCUUUACUGUUUGAAAGGUUAAUAAAUGUUGUUGUAUUUUCUA